AGACAUGCAAUGAAUGAAAUGAAAUGUCAAAUUUGUUAGCAGUUGAAGAAGCUUGAUGCUUGUUUUCUUUAUAUUACUUGUGUACAAAAGAUCUAUUUUCAGUAUUGUUGAGUAUUUUUUUGGUAGUUUUGUUAUUUAAAGAAACGACAAUGACGGCUGCCGAUAAUGAGUAUCCGAAGGCUUCAAAUGCCACUCUCAUCGGUGCUAGCAUCACUUACGUUGCAGGCUUAUUUUUACUUCUGUCGUUUGCCGGCCCGUAUUGGAUUGAAUCGUAUCCGGAAAUGUUUUCGAGCUUCAAACACAUGGGCUUGUGGGAAUAUUGUUUUGAUCGUUUUAGAUUCCCUUCUUAUCAAUUCGAUAAGUUGUUCCAUGGUUGCCACUACAUUUUUAGCCAGGAGUUCUAUGUGAUCCGUGAAUGGCUGCUGCCUGGUUGGUUGAUGGCAGUACAGUCAUUUGUUACUCUGGCUCUGAUGCUGUCCUUUACAUCUCAAGUGUUGCUGGCUUGUGUCAUAGUGCGCUGGCCACUCCGCACCGUCUUGAGAUAUGAAUGGAUAUUUGUGACUUCUGCUUUUAUUAUGGUGGCUAUAUCAAGUGUAUUCUUGUUUUUGGCAGUAGCCAUAUUUGGAGGUAAUUGUUACCGACGCGACUGGCUCCUAUAUCCUUCCUUCAAUGUGUUGUCAUGGUCUUAUGCCUUUGCUGUGGUUGCAUUUAUAUUGUUUGGUAUUGCAGCUAUCCUGCUUUAUUUAGAGUCGAGAAAACUUUAUGAAUUGCGCGCGGAAGCUAAGAAUUUAGUAGCUCAGAUGCAACAUAGCCAGCCUGAACAUGCGCUACACCAGUUGCGCGAUCAGUUGCAGCAACAACGUCAACUCGGUUACAUGUAAACUAGAAAUAUUUUAUUUAAAAAAAAUAUGAAUUCACACAUUCUCUUUAACACUUGGUAUUGAUUAUGAACUUUUAAAUCUCUAUGCAUAACCUUUUUGAGAUCACCUACUUGCUUCUUUCUUCUGAUUCACUUAAUAUUGUAAUGACGAAAGCAGGUAAAAGAGAUCGAAUCUCAGGAGUGAUACUUAUAAUAAGAAGCAUUCCUUAUUUUUUUUAAUUUUACAUAAUGAUGGUGAUUUAUUACCUCUACAUGCUGCCUUUACGUCUUUGAACACGAAAGGCUAUUUAGUGGUACCAACUUUCGCCCACUGAAUUAAUUAUUAAUUAAUAUUUUAUUUUUAAACAAUAAUUUGAUAAUACUUAAUGAAAAAAAUCAUAUUAUAAUUCCUCAUCGGUAAUACGUAUUGCCAGUGUUUUUACUUUGAUUUAUGUACUUUAAUACAACAAACUAUAAUUAAGUGCACUUCUAAGUAAAAUGUACAAGAAGUAUUUUAUUUCUCAUUUUUGUAUUUUGGAUUAUGUAAUAAGUUUUGUAUUUUUACUUUUAAGAAUGGUAUGUUGGUAAGAUGGUCAUUUUUUUUAGCAAAGGUAGAUUGCAUUGUUCAAAAAGCCCAAAUCAUGAAUAACGCUGAAAUGAAACAAGUGCCUUGUUAAAAAAAUCUUAAGUUAACGAAAUAUUGUUAUACUAGUAAAUAUAACGUAUCCGUCCGAAUAAUAAUCUCAUUUGAAAAGCCAUUCCAAGGAUGAGCCCAGAUUGUACUGAUAAUUUUAAAUAAAUAUAUUUUAAUGAU